AUGCUAGCAUGUUAUCGGGUGGUGGCUUCAGAAUCGUUCACUCUACCACCAAGAAGUGAAGUGAUUGCAAGCUGUGAUGUAUGCGUACCAGAGGGCAAGAACCGUCCUUGUGGAUAUGGUAUUGUAGAGCCAAGGAAUUGUUUGAUAGAUUCAAAUAAAGGUUUAGUAGGCAGAACUCUGGUCAGCAAUCAUAAUAAGGUUCCAAUACGAGUUUUGAAUCUAUCGACCGAUGCACAGACGAUUUACAAGGGAACAAAUAUGGGACAGCUUAGCCCAGUGGUAAAGAUAUUAGAAGGAGAAAAUAAAGAUCGCAGUCUUAAGGGACCUUUUUCAAAAGAGCUGCAGGCCUUAAGUGAAAAGUCAAAAACUUGCUUAAAUCAAAAACAGAAGACUGAAGUAGAUAAACUGUUAUCCAGGUAUGCUUUUCUGUUUGCUGGUUCAGAUGAUGGACUUGGAAGAACAAAUGUUGUCAAGCAUUGUAUCGAUACAGGAGAUGCACUCACGAUAAAACAGCCACCAAGACGGUUACCGGUACACAUGAGAGAAGAAGCAGAUAGGUUGGUGGACGAUAUGCUUGAGAGGAAUGUAAUUGAACCUUCAUCUAGUCCGUGGGCCUCAGGUAUCGUUCUAGUUAAAAAGAAAUUAUGGAUCGACUCGAUUUUGUAUCGAUUAUAG